UUAGGGUAAAUUCUUGAAAAUCAAAAGCUGAAGGAUAAACUGUUUCGCAUCACGACCGAGCCAGUUGUAUUCAGGUAACGGAUUCUGUUACGUAACCACCCUCCCGCGUCUUCGUAGAAAAGUUAGCAGCUCUUGUAUUUUUCUGAAAAAUUUUUGGAUAGCUGAUCAUCUUCUGGCAAUCUUUAUCUUAAAUCAAUAGAUUACUUUAUCUGGAUUGCGUUUCUUUCAGCUAAUUUCAAAAUGGCGACUACUCCGCGAUCUGCUGGCAGCAACAAGAAGUUGCAAGUGUUUACAGCUGAGGAGGUGGCAAAGCACAACAAAUUGGGGGACCUUUGGCUCAUCAUCGAAGAUAAGGUCUACGAUGUCUCGAAGUUUGCAAAUGUCCAUCCUGGUGGAAAGUUAAGGCCGAUGUAACUUCACUGAGUCACUAGUAGUGUUAGAACUAUUCGAGGAUGCUACAACAAACCUCUUAGAUGAUAAUCCGCGCGGGGUGUAGGUGUUGUAGAUGUAGACCAGGCACCAUCCUUGAUGCAGCGGGUGUCUCUUUCAUGUAGUGUUGUAGCGGCUGUUUUUACCAAGUAACCAUGUUACCAAUCACAUACCUCUAACAAAAACCAUCCUUCUCGACAUCGUUGGGAAUGAAGCUACGCAACACUUCUAUGCGUUCCACCGAACAGAGGUUCAUAUGAUAAGCUUGAAUAUUAGCUUUAUGUUUCUAGGUAAGGAGGAUAGAGCUGCUAUGUCUGGCGGCAUCGUGCGUACGGUGGCCAUGGUCACCAUCUAUUGCCUAUCUGUGGGAGCACAGCCAUGACACUAUGAAAAAAUGAAUCGAACAAAAGGUAUUGGAAAAGUACCAUUCGAAGUUGUGCAUAGGGAGGGUGGCGGGCGCGAAGCCAGCCAAGGCGUUCCAGCCCGAUGUCAAGAAAGUUAACGUGUUGUCUGCUCCCGUCGAAGAGUUGAGGAAGCAUCCUCUGAUUUCGAAGACUCCUUUCGGCGAGUCGGCGAGUAUGAAAAAGCACUAUGCCUCACCGUACAUAAACGAUUCUCACUUGCGCUUUCGGCUGGCAGUUCGAGAAUUCUUGAAAUCAUGGCAGCCAGAGACCGAGGCAAUGGAGGAAGCCGGAGAGUAUCCCUCAGUGGAACUCUGGGAAGCAGCGGGAAAAAGCGGUAUACUGGCUUGCAGCAUUGGGAUCAUGGGGAUGCCUUACGCGAAAAAGUUCGGAAUAGAACUACCUGGUGGCAUCAAACCGGAGGACUUCGAUUUCUUCCACGAACAAAUACUGCACGAAGAGAGUGUCAGAGGAAUGGCGCACAGGUACUUAUCAUCUGUAGACAUAAGCCUGUUGGCUGUUGCUGAUGGUGAACUUCAUACGAGGUUUCUUCUUGGUGGAGGCCUGAUAAGAUACUAGCAUUGCGAAUCUACUUACAGAUUGCUUAUGUCUACUAUCUCUCUAUCUACAUAUAUAAUUUACUUAAUUACUUUCCGAUUUUUAAUAUGUACUUUUUUUAGCAUUGGCGACGGUUUAACAGCUGGCUUCAACAUCGGUUUACCGCCAAUCAUUAAUUUCUACCACGGCGACGACAAAGAUGAGAUGGUCCGCAGUAUCAUGCUCGGUGAGAAGAAGGUCGUACUUGCCAUUACUGGACCCGAAGCAGGAUCCGAUGUAGCAAAUCACACGACAGUCGCGAAGAGAAGUGAGUGUGGACAGUAUUUUGUCGUCCGCGGAAUGAAGAAAUGGAUUACAGGAGGAUGCCAGGCAGAUUAUUUCGUUACAGCAGUGCGCACAGGGGGCCCUGGGAUCAAAGGUAUUUUUGAAAUUUAUCGCCCAUGUGGUUAAAAAAGGAAUUUGUAGCAGAGUAGUAUGAUGUGGGAGUUGCAACUUGCGAUUGAUUUCUGCCGAUUUUUACUGUAAUUAAGCUACAAAGCUAAUGCACAUUUCGUAGGCAUUUCUAUGCUUCUGGUGAAACGCGAAGAAGGCGUGACGACGAAGCAGAUCUCAACAUCAUAUCAAAAGAGCGCUGCGACUGCGCUUGUGGAAUUUCAAGAUGCUAAAGUUCCGGCGGAGGGUAGGCUGCUCGGUGUGAAAAAAGGGGAUGAGCUAAACAAGGGGUUCCAGUGCAUUAUGCUCAAUUUCAACCACGAACGAUGGAUGAUCGCAUGCAAGUGCGUUGGUAUUAUACAUGGUUCCAUUCUUGUUCUUACUGAAGUUGUAAAGGUAAACUGAUUGUGAUACGACAUGAUGAUGAGGAUUGUGACGCUUUUUCACGUUCAAAAAUUGAAGCUUUGGUAGAAAGUGAACCUUUAUUACCUCCGAUGAGGAAGUUUUCAAACCCGUGUAACACUCUGAUCCUCGUUAAUAAUUCUUCUUUAUUAUACUCUUGCUCCUGCCACGAAAAAACAGGAUACCAGCGUCUCGUGAUAGCGGAAUGUCUUCAGUGGUUAAUGCAGCGCAAGGCCUUUGGACGGCCGCUGAUGGAUCAGGCGGUGUUGCGAUUUAAGUACGGACAAAUGGCCGCAGCCGUGGAGACCAUCCAGGCGCACUUGGACUUCGUGACGUACCAGAUGAAGGUGUACUACGAGCGCGUCCGAGAGGACAAAAGUUGGAAAGCAAAGGACUACUUGGCAGGAGAGAUCGGUCUGCUGAAGUACCAAGCCACUCGUGUCUCCACUUUGGUCGCGGACAACGGUUGUCAGAUAUUUGGCGGGCGCGCGGUGACGAAAACGGGCAUGGGCAAGCAUAUGGAGCGCUUUCAGCGUGCCUACAAAAUCGCAAGCAUUUAUGGUGGCUCCGAAGAAAUUAUGGCGGAUUUGGGGAUUCGCCAGGCCUUAAGGGACUGGAAUCCGGAGGACAAAGCCGCGUCAAGACUGUAAACUAAUCCAUGUUGUAAAUCUGGUUACUGGAACGAGGAGGUAUUUUUGAACACAGUGCGACUCGGUUGCUCUACUCCUUUUCUUGAGCAGCACGCUAAUACUGCCAAUGUCUAUUUUCCGCCUGCACAGCUUGUUGUAAAGUUUCCAAAGGAUUAUCAUAAAUCUAUCUCGGGCUGAUGUUGGGUUAUCACGCUCCCUCCUGUACAGAUACUACGCUUAUUGGCAUCUUACUAGCAGAUGCAUACGUCACUUAGAACUUACUAGUUGUACAUUAGAACAAAACGAAUUCAGCAGGAAAGUUCACUCUUUUACAACCUCAGUUAGGAAUUGUUGUUCGAAAACUCUCUAAGCAGGUCUAUUUCUUGGUCAGGCACAAUUAUCAAACAAGUACGUAUUUUUCUACUUAUUUAACUUUAACUUCAUUCAAUAUUAUUUUGACCUGAUCGAGGCAGAAAUCGAGCUGCGUGGGAGCCAAAUUCUUGUUCUUCACCAGUACAAGAUCGAUAAAUCACAAAGUUCGUGACGAAGAUAGACUCAUCAUCAAGAUGAGGCAGGUACUAGAACGAGAUGAGCUAUGCCUUGAAUAAAGAUUUCUGCUAGUGCUAUCGGAGAGGGGAACUACAACUAGAUUUUGAUGGAAAGAAAAAUGCCAGUUUUUAGAAGAGCACCUCCGCAGUAGGUGCAACUUUCCCCUGGUCCUAGUGGCACCUACGACGAGUCAAAAGCGCCUUCCGUUCCUCAAAAACAAAACAGCACUGAUAGCCUUGUCUGCUUCGAUGACCUGGUCUUCUACGUAUGUGUAACUCAGAUGAAUGUCUCACAUGUUGUCAACGCAAAUUCGUAAGACUCACAGUAUAUGAUCAACGAUGCCAAGGUCGUUGAACUCGCAACGACGGCCCUUAAAACAUCCUCACAUUGAUGUUGUUGUUGUUGAGGUUGAGCCCAGAGCUCGCGGAGAUGUUGCCACUAACUAUGGAUUUUUGCGGGGACCAAAGGAUGAC